UGGAGCGGUUGGUUUAGUUUUUAAGACAUUAAGAACUUUUCGUGAAAUACAAACAUAGAUCCAUUUCGCUAAAAUGAGGGAGGACAAACCCAGCCUGCUGCUCUCCUUCCACUCUGAGCCCAAACAAGAGUCAUUGGAUUGUGAAAGUGAAGCUCAGGAUGCCAAAAGUCAAAUGCUGGGACUGACUGUUACCAUUAAAAAUGAAGAGAAGGAGAAGAAUGAAGAAAAGGAAAAGAAUGGGGUUAUCAUUAAAAAAGAAGAGGGGGAUUUAUUUGAUGAAGAUGGGAUUCCUGAAGUAGAGACACUUGGAGAGAAACAACAGGAAGACUACAAUAAGAAGUCUCACAACUGUCCCCAUUGUGAAAAACAUUACUCAUCUGUAUCACUGUUAAAAAGACAUGUUAAGAUGCAUACAGGAGAGAUAUCCUGUUCUGACUGUGGGAAGUGUUUUACUUCUUCAUCUGCACUUACUGUUCAUCAGAGAGUGCACACAGGUGAGAAACCUUUCUUCUGUUCUGACUGUGGGAAGUGUUUUACUUCUUCAACUGCACUUACUGUUCAUCAGAGAGUGCACACAGGUGAGAAACCUUUCUCCUGUUCUGACUGUGCAAAGCGUUUCUCUCGGUUACAUAGCUUAGACGCUCACCAACGCACACACACUGGAGAGAAGCCUUACUCAUGUUCUGACUGUGGGAAAACUUUCUCUCAGUUAGGUGGCCUUAAAGUUCACCAACGCACACACACUGGAGAGAAGCCUUACUCAUGUUCUGACUGUGGGAAAACUUUCUCUCAAUUAGGUAGCUUUAGAGUUCACCAGCGCAAACACACAGGUGAGAAGCCUUACUCUUGUUCUGACUGUGGGAAGAGUUUUUGUUCUUCAGCUGCAUGUAUUGGUCAUCUGAGAGUGCAUUCAGGUGAGAAGCCAUUCUCCUGUUCUGACUGUGGGAAAACUUUCUCUCUGUUAGUUGGCCUUAAAGUUCACCAACGCACACACACUGGAGAGAAGCCUUAUUCGUGUUCUGACUGUGGGAAGUGUUUCUCUCAAACGAGUAGCCUUAAAGGUCACCAACGCACACAUAGCAGAGAGAAACCUUACUCCUGUUUUGAUUGUGGCAUGUGUUUCAUUAGAUCAUCUGGUCUUACUAGUCAUAAAAGACUGCACACAGGUGAGAAGCCUUACUCCUGUUCUGACUGUGGGAAGUGUUUUUAUGGGUCAUCUGAUCUUACUAAACAUCAGAAAGUGCACGGAGUUGAGAAGCUAUUCUCCUGUUCUGAUUGUGGUAAGUGUUUCUCUCAAAUGGGUAGGCUUAAAGCUCACCAGCGCAUACAUACUGUACAAUAAUUUUGAACAUUAGACACACGUGUCAGAGUGGAUUAGCAAGUGUUUUACAACAUCAAGUAGUUGAAUUGUCUUUUGUGGAAAUUACCACAAAUGAAGACUGGUCAUCUGAAUGCCCAAGGAGCUACUCACAGGAGUAUGGGGGCUUUAGCCAGCCCUAAAAUAUUAAUUACCCCCCCUUAAAUAAUCAGUCAUUAUAUUUCUCUUUUUUUCGUCAACUGUUCCAUCGCAUCUUAAACUUCUUACAAAUUGUAUAUAAUCGGGUUAAAUUCGCAGCAGGUUCAGUUGAGUUUGAUUGAGCGUAACUUGUUGAUCUGACGCGAGAUCUGUUUGGUAAAUAGUAGCUAAGGUCGCCCUACUAUCCGCCACCCCCAUUAUCGGCCGUUUUCAAAGGUCGAAGAAGGUAAUCCUUUCAAGUUGAAAAUGUAAAUGCUUUGGAAAGCAACGGUACGUGUUGCUAAUAAAUAUACCCUUUCACCACAAUAUUUUAUAGAAAAAACAUAUUUUUCUUUUUUUAUACUUUUGGAUAUUACAUAUGUAAUGGGUGGAAAUUGUUUUAAACAAGUUGCACGACAGACUAGACAUCAUGUAAUAUCAAAGUGAUCUGUCUUUUUUUUUUCUUUACCAGAACGCAAUAAAGCUAGCUAAAACUUU